UAUUGAUAAGGAAAUAACAAAUUAUUGGCCAUCUCCAGAAUGCUAAACAAGCAACUACUUUCAUUCCUUUUUAUUUGCAUCCCGUUGGUGGUCGUGGCCGUGAUCACGGCCACAAUCACCACCACGGCAGCACCUAUAGCUGCCGAUGAGACCGUCACGUGCGACACGGUGAUUAAUAGCCUGAGAUCAUGUCUUGGCUACGUAAUUGGUGGCGGAAUUGUGCCGUCAGAGUGUUGUAACGGGCUUAAAUCUCUCCUUAUCGUUGCACGUACCACAGCUGACCACCAAAGCGCUUGCAAAUGCCUGAAGAGCAUCGAUUCAGGCGUUACCAGAGAAGAAUUCAGCCGUGUUGCUAGUAUUCCCAGAAUAUGUAAGGCCAAGGUUCCUUUCAAGAUUAGUCCAGAUGUUGAUUGCUCAAAGAUCAAGUAAGAGACUCCUUGUGUGGAAUAAUGUGAAUUGUAGACGUUGUGUUUACCUGUUUUGUCAGAGUUUCGUGUGUUCUUUUGCAUCCAAGUUAUAUGAGAUUGAAUAAGUUUGUGUUAGUGAGAGUGGGAUCAUUGAUGUCCAUUACUUUCCGAGACACUAUAUAUAUAUAUUCUAGUAAACUUCUCGCA